UUCCUGUCAGAUCAAGUGAAGAAUUAGGUUUUUUUUUUUUUUUUACGGUUUGGAAUCCCUAUCCGAAGGGUUUUGUAGCCUCAGCUUUUUGUGUUUUUGUGAGAACGAUUCUGAGAAGUAAACAUGGCAUCCAUAGACGCUGAGUUAGCUAGUACCCAGGAAGAAAGGAAGAAGAUGGAGCAGCAGCUCGCAUCCCUGACCUCUGUUACCUAUGAUGUUGAUCUUUAUGGCGGAGACAACCGGUUCGAGGGUUAUGAGCGAUCCAUUCCCGUGAAUGAAGAUGAAGAAAAUCUAGACGCCAUGGAUUCUGAGGUUGCCAGAAAAUUGGCUUCUUACACGGCUCCUAAGUCGGUUCUGAAGGAGAUGCCCCGAGGUGCGGAUGAAGAUGAUGACUUAGGUUUUAAGAAACCUCAAAGGAUCAUUGAUAGGGAGGAUGAUUAUAGGAAGCGGAGACUUAGUCGGGUGAUUUCACCUGAUCGGAAUGAUGCUUUUGCCAUGGGCGAUAAGACUCCCGAUGUGUCUGUUAGGACCUACGCAGAUGUUAUGAGGGAGGAGGCAUUGAAGAGAGAGAAAGAAGAUACUUUGAGAGCCAUAGCAAAGAAGAAGAAAGAUGAAGAGGAGAAUAAAACCUUGGAAAAGGAGAGGGAUGCUGGGGCUGCCCCUGAACAGCCCACUCAGAAGAGGAGGAACCGGUGGGAUCAGUCUCAGGAUCCAGAAACUACUAGCAAAAAGGCAAAAACUGCAUCUUCGGCUUCGGAUUGGGACAUGCCUGAUUCAACCCCUGGAAUUGGUCGGUGGGAUGCAACGCCUACGCCUGGGAGGGUAGGUGAUGCAACGCCUUCCUUAUCUAGAAGGAACCGGUGGGAUGAGACCCCAACUCCUGGCCGUUUGGCCGAUGCUGAUGCCACCCCUGCUGGUGGGGUAACACCUGGGGCUACUCCGGCUGGCAUGACAUGGGAUGCUACUCCUAAAUUGGCAGGGCUUGCUACCCCAACUCCCAAGCGUCAGAGAUCAAGAUGGGAUGAGACACCUGCAAGCAUGGGGAGUGCCACACCAUUGCCUGGGGCUACACCAGCUGCAGCAUACACACCCGGUGUGACUCCAGUUGGAGGGAUUGACCUUGCAACUCCAACUCCAGGAGCUAUCAAUCUUCGUGGUGCCCUUACACCUGAACAGUAUAACUUACUCCGAUGGGAGAGGGACAUUGAAGAGAGAAACCGCCCAUUGAGUGAUGAGGAGCUUGAUUCGAUGUUCCCGCAGGAGGGUUAUAAGAUCCUUGAUCCACCAGCCUCAUAUGCUCCUAUUAGAACACCAGCAAGGAAACUUCUUGCUACACCAACUCCUCUAGGGACUCCUCUUUAUGCGAUCCCAGAAGAAAACCGUGGGCAGCAGUUUGAUGUUCCAAAAGAAGCACCAGGUGGGCUGCCAUUUAUGAAGCCAGAGGAUUACCAAUACUUUGGAGCGUUGUUGAAUGAAGAAAAUGAAGAAGAACUUUCACCCGAAGAACAGAAAGAGAGGAAGAUCAUGAAGCUUCUGCUCAAGGUUAAGAAUGGAACUCCUCCACAGAGAAAAACAGCAUUGAGGCAGCUCACUGAUAAAGCUCGAGAGUUUGGUGCAGGUCCACUGUUUAACAGAAUUCUGCCUUUGCUUAUGCGGCCCACGUUGGAAGAUCAAGAGAGGCACCUUUUGGUCAAAGUUAUUGAUAGGGUGCUAUAUAAGUUGGAUGAACUGGUUCGUCCUUUCGUUCACAAAAUUUUGGUUGUUAUUGAACCUCUCUUGAUUGAUGAGGACUACUAUGCCCGUGUGGAGGGACGAGAGAUCAUUUCCAAUCUUAGCAAGGCAGCUGGUUUGGCCACUAUGAUUGCUGCAAUGCGACCGGAUAUCGACAAUAUAGAUGAAUAUGUCAGGAACACAACUGCUAGGGCUUUCAGUGUUGUUGCAUCUGCUCUAGGAAUUCCUGCACUAUUGCCCUUUUUGAAAGCUGUGUGUCAGAGUAAGAAAUCCUGGCAAGCUCGUCACACGGGAAUCAAGAUUGUGCAGCAGAUUGCCAUCUUGAUAGGUUGUGCAGUUCUUCCUCAUCUUAGGUCCCUUGUGGAAAUUAUAGAGCAUGGUCUCAAUGAUGAGAACCAGAAGGUGAGAACGAUUACUGCAUUAUCUCUGGCUGCUCUUGCUGAAGCAGCUGCUCCAUAUGGUAUUGAAAGCUUUGAUUCAGUCUUGAAGCCUUUGUGGAAGGGGAUCCGGUCACACCGUGGGAAGGUCUUGGCUGCUUUUCUAAAGGCAAUUGGGUUCAUUAUUCCUCUUAUGGAUGCAAUGUAUGCUAGUUACUAUACAAAAGAAGUGAUGUUCAUACUUAUUCGUGAGUUUCAAUCACCAGAUGAAGAAAUGAAGAAAAUUGUGUUGAAGGUGGUGAAACAGUGUGUGAGCACAGAAGGAGUAGAGGCUGACUAUAUUCGUAAUGAUAUUUUGCCCGAGUUCUUUCGUAAUUUCUGGGUUAGAAGGAUGGCACUGGAUCGCAGAAACUAUAGGCAACUGGUAGAUACAACUGUGGAGAUUGCAAACAAAGUUGGUGUUGCUGAUAUAGUAGGGAGAAUAGUUGAGGAUCUUAAAGAUGAGAGUGAACCAUACAGGCGGAUGGUGAUGGAGACAAUUGAGAAGGUCCUUACAAACUUGGGUGCAUCUGAUAUUAAUGACCGCUUGGAAGAGCUUCUUAUUGAUGGAAUUCUAUAUGCUUUCCAAGAGCAGACCAGUGAUGACGCUAAUGUGAUGCUCACUGGGUUUGGGGCAGUAGUCAAUGCUCUUGGCCUCAAAGUGAAAGCCUAUCUUCCCCAGAUAUGUGGUACCAUAAAGUGGCGCUUGAAUAACAAGAGUGCAAAAGUGAGGCAGCAAGCAGCAGAUCUCAUAUCAAGGAUCGCCGUUGUCAUGAAGCAGUGUCAAGAGGAGCAACUGAUGGGUCACUUGGGAGUUGUCUUGUAUGAGUAUUUGGGAGAAGAAUACCCAGAGGUAUUGGGAUCCAUACUGGGAGCACUUAAGGCAAUCGUCAAUGUGAUUGGCAUGACAAAAAUGACUCCCCCAAUAAAGGAUCUUCUUCCUCGUUUGACACCAAUUCUGAAGAAUCGGCAUGAGAAGGUUCAGGAGAACUGUAUUGACCUUGUUGGCAGAAUUGCUGAUCGGGGGGCUGAGUUUGUACCUGCAAGAGAGUGGAUGAGGAUAUGCUUUGAACUACUGGAGAUGCUGAAAGCCCAUAAAAAGGGCAUCAGGCGAGCCACUGUGAACACAUUCGGGUACAUUGCCAAGGCCAUUGGACCACAGGAUGUCCUGGCAACACUGUUGAACAACCUUAAGGUGCAGGAGCGUCAGAACCGUGUGUGCACGACUGUGGCGAUUGCAAUAGUUGCUGAAACUUGUUCUCCUUUCACAGUUCUGCCGGCCCUGAUGAACGAGUACCGUGUGCCUGAGCUGAAUGUGCAGAAUGGUGUUCUCAAAUCCCUGUCUUUCCUUUUUGAGUACAUAGGUGAAAUGGGGAAAGACUACAUAUAUGCUGUCACCCCAUUACUUGAGGAUGCUCUCAUGGACAGAGAUCUGGUGCACAGGCAGACUGCGGCAUCCGCAGUCAAGCAUAUGGCCUUGGGUGUGGCUGGGUUGGGAUGUGAGGAUGCUCUAGUACAUUUGUUGAACUAUGUGUGGCCCAACAUAUUUGAGACAUCACCCCAUGUUAUAAAUGCUGUCAUGGAAGCGAUAGAAGGAAUGAGGGUAGCCUUGGGUGCAGCUGCUAUCUUGAACUACUGUUUGCAGGGUCUGUUCCAUCCCGCGAGGAAGGUCCGAGAGGUGUAUUGGAAGAUCUAUAACGCUCUCUAUAUUGGAGCGCAGGAUGCAUUAGUGGCUGCUAACCCUGUACUGGAGGAUGAAGAGAACAACAUUUUUAGCAGGCCUGAGUUGAUGAUGUUUGUAUGAGAUGUUGGUUGCCUUUUCAACUGAUGGAAGAGCCUAUACACCAUAUCUUGAUGGCCAGAUUGACAUUGUGCUUCUGCCUGCAGUGUCUUUUAAUAUGGGUAGUACAUCUCUGUUAGUACAAUUACUCUUUUUUUUCUGUGGAAAUUAUUACAUUUACUCUUGCUUUUAUGCUACAUGCCUAUUGUUAUUUCUUGAUAUAGAUCAGCUUAAGAACUGAAACAUGACGGUGUAUGGAGAAGCUCUUCUGGCUCUAAUAUGCUUGGUAUUAUUAUUGAUGU